AUGUCUCCCUUAGUUUUUUUGUGUCUUCUAUUCUCAUUCUUAAUGGAUGGUUCUAAGGGUCAGCUUCAAAUUGGUUUCUACUCAAACACAUGUCCUCUAGCAGAAUCCAUUGUCCAUGAUGUUGUUAGAGAAGCUGCUCUUUCUGACCCAACCCUGCCUGCUGGUUUGCUUAGGCUUCAUUUUCAUGACUGCUUUGUUGAAGGAUGUGAUGGUUCCAUUUUGAUUGAUAAUGUUAAAGAACCAGAAAAAGAUGCAUCUGUACAUCUAGGUCUUAGAGGGUUUGAUCUCAUAGAAAAAGCUAAGGUGAAAUUGGAAGAAUCUUGUCCUGGAGUGGUUUCUUGUGCAGAUAUUGUUGCAUUGGCAGCAAGAGAAGCAAUUUUCAUGACAAAUGGACCUUGGUACAAAGUUCCCACAGGGAGAAGAGAUGGAUUCGUUUCCGAAAAAUCUCUUGCAGAUGAUAUGCCAGAAGUCAGUGAUUCAAUUCAGCAACUCAAAACCAAGUUUCUGAACAAGGGUCUCACAGAUAAAGACCUUGUCCUUCUCAGUGCUGCACAUACAAUAGGAACCACAGCAUGUUUCUUCAUGACAAAAAGACUAUACAACUUUUCUUCAUCUGGCGGUGGAUCAGACCCAGCUAUUAAUCCAAGAUUCCUCCCAGAGCUUCAGGCAAAGUGCCCUCAGGCGGGAGACGUUAACGACCGUUUAGCCAUGGACAUAACAACUGAAACAAGAUUCGACAAGAACAUAUUGAAUAACAUAAGGCAAGGUUUUGCUGUGUUAGAAUCGGAUGCAAGACUUAUCGAUGAUGCAAGAACAAAGGCUGUGAUUGAAUCAUACUUAGGUCCCUUCACUCCAAUAUUUGGACCUUCUUUCGAAUAUGAUUUUGUUCAAUCAAUGGUUAAAAUGGGACAGAUUGGUGUCAAGACAGGUUCUGAUGGAAACAUUAGGCGUGUUUGCUCGAAACUCAAUUGA